AUGCGAUAUGCACUAACAGGAAAUCGACCGAAAUUCUUAAAGACAAUCUCCGUUUUCUGGGGAGAGAUUUUCAAGUUAUGCGCCUCGAUUCUGCUCGUUUGUUUUGAAGCUCGGAGCUUGCAAAAGGGUUUUCACGAUAUUUGGUAUGAGUUCACGGUGAAAUGGAGAGAUUUACUGAAAGUUCUCGUGCCGGCAGCUGUCUACACUGUGCAGAAUUUCUUGUUAUAUGUCGCUGUGGACAAUCUCCCCGCCGCCACUUAUAUGGUCACAUAUCAACUGAAAAUCCUCACGACAGCGAUUUUCACGGUCGCUGUCCUGAAACGGAAACUUUCUUGGCAACAAUGGCUGGCACUUGUUGUCCUUUUUGGUGGAGUUGUCAUUGUUCAAUAUGACCAAAAACUCUCCGAUGAUGCUGAAAAAGCGAAUCGAGCUGCUUUUAUUGCCAAUCAGACGACAACAAUGGCUCCGAUUGACUUGAAUUUGACUGGAGUUGAAGAAAGAGUCAAAGAAAAGCUGGAUAUUCUUGGAACAACGCUGGCUCCAUUUGUUCGAGUCGAGCGUCAGGCCACUCCUUCACCGCCACCCGCUCAUAUUCACGAGCAAAAUUCGAUUUUGGGCUUCACAGCAGUCCUCGUCGCGUGUUUCCUCUCCGGUUUCGCCGGGAUCUACUUUGAGAAAAUUUUGAAAGGCUCAAACGUUUCGAUUUGGAUCCGAAACAUUCAGCUCGCCUUUCCAUCGCUCUUUUUUGCGCUCCUCUUCGCUUCGGUGAAAGACCGAGAGGUGCUGUUUGCUGACGGCUUCUCACCGGCAGCGAUUGGAACAAGGAUGAUGUCCGGUUUUGAUUGGGCUGUUUGGGUGACGGUUGGGAUUAGCGCUUUCGGCGGUUUAGUCGUUGCCGUGGUCAUCAAAUAUGCGGAUAAUAUUUUAAAGGCCUUCGCCACCUCAUUCGCCAUCGUGUUGAACUGUGUGCUGGCGUAUUGGUUGUUCAACUUCCAUCCCACAUAUCUUUUCGUUUUGGGAGCGAUCAUGGUGAUUGGAGCCGUCUUUGGAUACAGCUACGUGAAAGAGUUGGCUGAGGACGCUGUGGUUGGGUCAAAUGUUGUCACCGUUUCUGCCACUCAUGCGGCCGGUCAUCCACUCUACUACAGCAUGGCUGCGCCACAGGAUGCCCGAUCGCAGAAUAUUUUCACCCUAGAUACGCUCUCUGGCGAGAUCCGUUUAGCGAAAGCGCUCGACCGAGAAACCCUCGAUCGACACGUGCUCAAGGUGACAGCUUUUGAGCGUCUCGAUCCAUCAAUUUCUUCCUCAGCUUCUGUCGUUGUUGAAAUCGGAACCACUGUUGUCUCAGUGUUUGCCCGGGAUCGUGAUGCGGGUGCGAAUGGAGAGGUUGUCUAUUCUCUGGAAGAAGCUGAAGGCUCAGAUCUCCUUCAAAUCAACCCCAAAUCCGGGGUGAUUCAAACGGCGGCCGCGCUCGACCGAGAGACAUUGCCAUUGAUAAAAGUCAACGUGAUCGCCUCGGAUCAAGGCAAACCCCAGCUCUCAUCCAAAGCUCUCAUUGAAGUCACUAUCAAUGAUGUGAACGAUAAUGCGCCUGUUUUUGAGCAGUCAAACUACGACAUCACUGUACUCGAGAACACAACGAUCCCAGUGUUGGUAGCUCGCUUGAAAGCCACCGAUUUGGACAAUGGAGCGAAUGGAAGAGUUCACUAUGGAAUGGUCACUUCAUCCGAUAUUCUCCAUGUUGAUUAUAAGACUGGAGAGGUGACACUUCGGAGAAAAAUUGAUGCCCGGAGCGGGAUCCGAACAUUCGUCGUUCGCGCGAAAGACGGCGCUCAACCAGCGCUCUCCACCACGGCUACACUGAGUCUACAAAUUCUGGAUAUAAAUGAUCAUGCUCCGCGCUUCAUUGCUGCUCAAAAAUCGGUGCUGGUUGAUGAGGGGAUAAAGAAAGGCGAAGAGGUGGCCAGGGUUUACGCGAUUGAUGAAGACACAGGAGUGAAUGGGAAAAUCCGAUACUCUUUAGAGGGCUCAUCAGAUUUUGAAAUCGAUCCUGAAACAGGCAUCAUUAUCGCCAACAAAACUCUUGACCGAGAAGAGACACAAAGAUACGAGCUAACGGUAAAAGCCACUGACGGUGGUGAGCCUCAGCUGAGCGCUGGCACGCAGAUGACAAUUUUGGUUCGAGACAUCAACGAUAAUGCGCCGAUUUUUCGACCUGCUGAAAUGAAUGUCACUCUUUCUGAGGAGACACAAAUUGGAGCACAGAUAGCCAUCGUUCGCGCCGAAGAUCGUGACGAGGAACCGAAACUUUUCUAUCGAAUCGAGCAUCAAGAUCGAGAUGGUUUAGUGGCACUCAUCGAUCUGGGAGAUCAAGGUGCUCUUCUUUCGCUUUCUGAAACGCUACGACCGACAGAUCACUCGCUGAAAGUCGUUGUUUCCGCGUCAGACGAUGGAGGACUUAAAGGGACUUGUACGAUCAAUAUUCAUGUGACUGAUGUGAACUCUCCGCCUCGUUUCCCACCACAACCAUUUGCCGUGCAUAUCCCUGAGGAUUCCCUAAUUGGAAAUCAAGUGAUCGUUGUCAGGGCUGAAGACACAGAUCGCGGUGAUAACGCUGAGAUCACCUACUCGAUUGACUCUGAUCUUUUCGAGAUCAACAAUGUGACUGGAGAGAUUACGGUAGCUGGCUUAUUGGACCGAGAAGAGCAAAGCAGUCAUAGUCUAACUGUAACUGCUACCGACUCAGCCGAUCCUCCACUCAGCUCGUCGACAAUCAUCGAAGUUACCCUGGAUGACGUGAACGAUAAUGCUCCCGAAUUUUCCUCACAAAAUUAUAUGGCCACUGUUUCGGAGGAUAUCGCCGUCGGCACGUCAUUUAUACAGAUCAUGGCCACUGAUACAGAUGGUGGAACGAAUGGAAUCGUCGACUAUUUCCUGAAUGCGAGUGGCAUCGGAGCUGAGCUUUUUCGCUUGGAUCGAACCUCGGGCACACUGAGAGUCAAUCAAAAAUUGGAUAGAGAAAAGUUGCCAAUAAUCACCCUGCCGGUGUACGCGAAAGAUCGUGGCAGUCCACCACUCAGCGCCAACUCCAUCAUCACCGUCAUGCUACAGGAUGUAAACGAUAAUCCGCCAAAAUUCUCGCAAUCAUCUUAUGACUUGUGGAUAGCGGAGAAUGCUCCGGCAGGAACCCUUGUUGGCACGCUUGUCGCCACGGAUCCUGAUGAGGGAUCAAAUGCAGAAAUCGAGUUUCGUGUCUUUGGCGGUACAGAUGCUCGUCUCUUUGAGCUCGAAUCGGAUCCAGUACAGAAAGGAGUCGUGAAACUGCUCUCAAAGCAACCUUUCGACUACGAGAGCAAGACGAACGCUUUCAGCUUAGAGGUUCAAGCGUCCAGCGGUCAACUCUCAUCGACAGUGCCCGUUCGUGUCCAUGUCUCUGAUGUGAAUGAUCAUCCACCAACAUUGCGAUCAUCAGUUCUCUUGAUUAAUCGUUUCUUAGAUGGACCGAUUAUUGAGAAAUUUGGAUCAAUCCCAGCUUUUGAUCCUGAUCAAAAUGCGACUCUGGAGUACUCGAUUGAGUCAAACGAUUUAAUGAUCGUUGAUCGAUAUUCAGGAAAAAUCUCACUCAAAGGCUCGUGGAAGCGAAAUAUUGAUACAAUUUUGAAAGCAUGUGUUAGUGAUGGGGUAAACACCGUGUGCAAUCCCUUGCGCUUACUCUACUCGGCCAUUCCGCAACGAUGGCUUUCUGAAGCAGUCACUGUAGUCUUAAAAUCGACUACUGUAGAUGAUUUCCUUGAUCCAGACGUUUUCAAGAGAUUCAGACAAUCAAUCGCUUCUCUCUCGAUGUGGGCGGAGAACUCGGUGAUUGUCAUGUCAAUAAAAGGAUCGAAUGUAUCAACGGAGAUCUCAUUUGUGAUUUUGGAUCGAGGGAAGAUUGUUAGCAGCACAACAGUCUCUGAGUUGAUCUCUGGCUUCUUUCACAAACUCUCCUCGCUUAGCCUCCUUGAUAUUCGAAUUUUCGAUUCGGAUUCAUGUUCGAAUGAACCCUGUUCGUAUUAUCAACGAUGUCGAGAUACGCUGAAGUUUGUGGGGAAUGAGUUUCACCAAACCGACAACUUUUUGGCACACUCGCUGAAGACGUUAAAGACGCACGUUUGUGAAUGCCCGCCUGGAUUCGCAAGUUCUUCCGAUAAAGCUGAUAAAUGCGAUAUUCGAGUCGAUGAGUGCUUCUCAGGACCGUGCCAGCACAAUGGAAGCUGUUUCCCGCUUGAGAAUGGGUAUCGAUGUGAAUGUGAGAAUGGAUGGAUUGGAAAACACUGCGAAAUUUCGACAAAUGUGGCAAACUGUCUUCCGGGAUAUUGUAAAGAUGGGGCAACUUGUGAAGUGACAAAUGAGCAUAAAAUGAAAUGCACAAAGUGUCGACAUUCAGCGAUUGAUAGUGAUGAAAGAUGUCGUCUCAGAUCGGUGCACUUUGGAGGUGAAUCACUGCUGCGGAUCAAUGAAAACCCAAGCAGAAUCGAUUGGACAAUGAAGAUCAGUUUUGCCACCAUUUCCCGAGCUAGCACGAUCCUUUUUGUCGGGGAUCGACGAACCGAUUUCCUUGAGUUGUCGAUCGAGAAUCGGAUCUUGAGAGCCGAAUUUGGGCUUGGCGGUCAAACGAAACUCGUCGAAUUGAGCGACGAGAAAGAGAAUCGAGUAAAUGACGGACAUUGGCACACAGCGACCAUCACUUAUUUCGAGAGGACGUUGACUCUUUGGUUGGAUGAUUGCGAUCCGUUUGUCUCUCGUUUAGCGGCUGGAUCACCGAAUUGCGCGACUCAGGCCACCAUUGAACUACCAGCAAAAUGCCUCGAUCCAUCCAUUCAAUGCCAUCGCUUUUUCGACUCUCAAUCCGGCUUCUCUCUCGGCGGUCGACCCAACAAAACCCGCCAGGUAGAGAAUGGAUUUAAUGGAUGCUUAUCGAAUUUCACACUUGAUUCCACGUUGAUCGACUUUUCGAAUCUGCAAGAUUUCGAGAAAAUUGGGAAAGUUGAUGAGGGUUGUGGUCCAAAGCGUGACUUUUGUCGUGAAUCUUCCUGUGGACAUGGGGCACAUUGUGUGAAUAGAUGGAUGGGUCAUAAUUGUCGAUGUGCGAAUGGUUACAAUCACCAAAUCGGUGAUUGUCACGGGGAAAAGUCGAGAUUGAGGCAGAUCACAUUGGGUGAAGAGGAAUCGUUUCAAACUUGGAAGGUGCCCUCAAUGGCGUCGAUUCCAUUCAGUGUGUCGCUCGAGUUCCGCACGAUUCGCGAUGACACUCAGAUUUUCGCGAUUGAAUUCGAUGACAAGAAUCUGUUCUAUAUUCUGGCGCUAGAAGAUGGCCUGUUGAAGUCGAUGAUCGGCUACUCAGCGCAAAACAUCCCGUGCCCUGAUGCAGCCAGAGGACAUUGGACAAAGAUCGAAGUCGAAUUUAAAGCUGAUGAGGUGACGACGAUUGUCGAUGGAAUCUACUCGAUGACACAAUCGUUGCGCUUGGGUACUCGAGGAAAUCCGGAAAUGACGUCAUUCUAUUCGGGAAUCGCUCCCUCAUCCUCGCAUCCAUCCCGUUUCGAGGGAUGCUUGAAAGAGAUUCAACUAAAUGGUGUUCACCUUAAAACGAAACAAUCUGGAAAGGUUCGACAGGGUUGCGUCUCGACAAAGGGUUGCCAAGCUGGUUCAUGCCCAGAGAACUCUGUGUGCCGACCACUUUGGGAAGGACACAAAUGUGAAUGUGAAACGGGAUUCGCUGGAGCCUCGUGUGAUCCGAUUUGCUCACUGAAAGGAGUUUGUUCGGGUGGAAUAUGUCAACAAACAAACACCACAAAGGGAUACGAAUGUCAUUGUACAACAGGUUACGGUACACCAAAUUGCGAUCACUUGGCACCGUUACGUGUUUGUCCACGAGGUUGGUGGGGAAGAUUUGGAGAAUGUCGUCGAUGUGAUUGCUCAAAAUAUAUGGGUUUCAUCGAUCAAUGUCAUCCACUAACUGGUCAAUGCUUGUGCCCAAAAGCCUUCUGGGAGCUGGGAGGACGAUGCGUUGGAUGCGAGUGCGGAUUGGGUGCAACAUCGGAAGAGUGCGAUGCGAAGGGACAAUGUCCGUGUGCUGGAGAAGCGAUGGGAAGAAGAUGUGAUCGAUGCGAGAGUGACACACAAGUUCUCGACCCAAAAUCGCUGCGUUGUUUAUCGUUGCGCGGGCGAUGUCCUUCUAACAAAGACGGCGGUAUUCAAUGGCCGACAACGUUGAGUGGCGGUGAAGCAAAGCAAUCUUGCGCGAAUAAUGAGACCGGUUUGGCAACGCGAAAAUGCGGCGAGAACGCGAAAUGGCAAACGGUGGAGAGCUGGAAUUGCACGACGAAAGAGUUUUCCACGAUCAUCACAAAGGUCUCAAGUUUAAGCCCACAAGACAUCGUGAGCGCCGUUUACAACGCGUCGCGUGAUGAGACAAUUUUGAAGGGUCGAAGCCUUGAAAUCGGUCGUUUGGUGCUCGAAAAAGUGCUCGAGGGAGAGAUCGCUGAGCACGCUGCCACCCAUAUUCAUGAUCACGAUUUCACACGGAAAUUGAUCGACUCAGUGGCGCAGAUCCUGCCCCGAGAAUCACCGGCUCAAUCCGUGCUGCUUGGCGCGAGAUUGGCCGAGCUUGGGAAAGCACUCUUGCAUCUUCAUCAAAAUCGACCCUAUCUUCAGCCAUUCGCUAUUCAAUCCGAGAAUAUCUUGUUUGCAAUCGAUCGACUUGACAACAACGAGCUUUUGCCUAAAUUCAAUAACUUUGUCGACGAGCGUCCAGUGGAUUUCCCAACGAUUCGAAUUUCUUUUGGAGAUGGGUCAACUUGGGGAUUUUAUCAGAUCAUCCCCCACCCGCGUUGUGUGCGAUGUUCAGCUCCCCUCGUCGCAGCUCAAACAAACUCCACGCAGCCGAUUCUCAUCGAAUUCCUGUUAAAGGAGGAAUCCGGAUGGAAAUACCCAGAGUGUGUCCACUACAUAUCAUCGGAUGUUGAGCAAUGGUCGACAAAAGGCGCAACACUUACUGGAUUGAAUGCCUCUCAUGCAGCUUGUCUUUUCGAUAAACCUGGUCUCUACACAAUUCUCAUGAAAGUCGAUAAUGGAGUUCUAAUCCGUCUCACGAUGGCCACCUCGCCUGUUGCCCCGCUGUCAGCCGUUUCCGCUCUCCUCGUGCUUUCCUUGGCUCUCGUAUUCACCCUGAGCCGACGCGGUUUGAGGACAAGACCUGUCCGCGUGGCUUUCAUCUUCUCUUUCGCCGCUCAUGCAAUCAACAUCUAUUUCUUGCAUCGAAUCACUAUUAAUACGAUUUUCUGCGGUGUUCGCAAUGCGAUCCUCUCGUUCACCUCUGUCUCGCCAUUCUGUUGGCUUUUCCUUUACUCGUUGCACAUUUACCGAAUGCUAGCUGAAGGGAAUACACAAACUAGUGGUGCCGUGUGUCUCCUGUUGGGAUUGGCGCUCCCUUGUUGUCUCUCCGUUUGCUCAUUCCUUCUAUCCGUCUCUUGCUCACUCGCUCCAUCACAGUGGCUCUUCUGGACGAUCGCUUUGCCAAUUGCAUUGUUUUUAUUGCUCUCAUUCUAUGCGUGUGCCACCUGUCUCAUCAUAUCAAGAGACAAGCAUUUUGAGGUCGUUGUGGUGAAGUUCGCGCUACGAAAAGCUUUAUGCCAACACUUUCUUCUGACAGCCCUUACAAUCGUCUACACGAUUGGCGCAUUGAUUUUGCCAUCAACCUCAUGGUUAUCCAUAGCUUUAUCCGAAGUGAUCACCUCGAUUCUUCUACUUUUAACCUCACUCUAUAUUCUCAUUUGGUCGUGUGCUUUUGGGAGAUCGGAGUCUCAAUCGGAUCGCGUGGAAACGUUAUGGGUUCGUGGAGAUCCGCCAAAAAGUGGUGUCAUCGAUCACGAGUGUACCUCACCAUUGCUCUAUCCAGAUGAAGAUCACGGCAGUGGCCCGGGCGGCAGUGUUGGUUGGGUGUCCGGUUCAUCGGAUCGUGUCCCAUCUGAUCCUGUAGUAAUGCCGAGGCCAAUGGGUGGAUUGUCAUUGCGAGAGAACCCACUUGUUCCAUCAAUUCUCUCACCAGCUAACAAAAUCCUUCGAACCGGGGAAACAGUAGAAUAUGCGAAUCCCCGGAGUUUAUCACGUUUCGCAAAAUAUGAGGACGAGAUGGACGACGCUUACUACACGUAUCAACGCCGGAAACAACUCGGAACAACUUUUUAUCGA